AUGCCCUCUGCAUCUUUAUUAGUAAAUCUUCUUUCAGCUUUAUUCAUCCCUCUUGUAUUUGGAGAAACAGAAAUAAGGUUUGCUGGACAAACAGAGUUUGUUGUUAAUGAAACAAGCACAACAGUUAUUCGUCUUGUCAUUGAAAGGAUAGGAGAGCCAACAAAUGUUACUGCAAUUGUAUCGCUGUAUGGAGAAGACACUGGCGACUUUUUUGACACAUAUGCUGCAGCUUUUAUACCUGCUGGGAAAACAAAUAGAACAGUGUACAUAGCAGUAUGUGAUGAUGACUUACCAGAGCCUGAUGAAACUUUUAUAUUUCACUUAACAUUACAAAAACCUUCAGCAAAUGUGAAGCUUGGAUGGCCAAGGACUGUUACUGUGACAAUAUUAUCAAAUGACAAUGCAUUUGGAAUUAUUUCAUUUAAUAUGUCUUCCUCGAUCACAGUGAAUGAGCUGAGGGACAGAAAUGAGUCUGUGCCUCUUAUUCUCAUCAGGGAAAAGGGAACCUAUGGAAUGGUCAUUGUGACUUUUGAGGUAGAGGAUGGCCCAAAUCCCCCUGAAGAAGAUUUGAGUCCAGUUAAAGGAAAUAUCACCUUUCCCCCUGGCAGAGCCACAGUAAUUUAUAACUUGACAGUACUUGAUGAUGAGGUACCAGAAAAUGAUGAAAUAUUUUUGAUUCAACUGAAAAGUGUAGAAGGAGGAGCUGAGAUCAACACCUCAAGGAAUUCAGUUGAGAUCAUCAUUAAGAAAAAUGAUAGUCCUGUGAGAUUCCUUCAGAGUGUUUAUUUGGUUCCCGAGGAAGACCACAUACUCAUAAUUCCAGUGGUUCGUGGAAAGGAUAACAAUGGAAAUCUGAUUGGAUGUGAUGAAUAUGAAGUUUCAGUCAUUUAUGCUGUUAUAACUGGGAAUUCAACAACACAUGCCCACCAAAACUUAGACUUUAUUGAUCUUCAGCCAAAUACGACUAUUGUUUUUCCACCUUUUAUUCAUGAAUAUCACCUGAAAUUUCAAAUAAUUGAUGACACCAUACCAGAGAUUGCUGAAUCAUUUCAUAUUAUGUUACUGAAGGAUACCUUACAGGGAGAUGCUGUGCUAAUAGGCCCUUCUGUUGUACAAGUCACCAUUAAGGCAAAUGACAAACCUUAUGGAGUCCUCUCAUUCAGCAGUAUCUUGUUUGAAAGGACAAUUAUAAUUGAUGAAGAUACAGUAUCAAGAUUUGAAGAAAUUACAGUGGUUAGAAACGGUGGCACCCAUGGGAAUGUUUCUGUGAACUGGGUGUUGACACGGAACAGCAGUGAUCCCUCACCUGUGACAGCAGACAUCAGACCAAGUUCUGGAGUUCUCCAUUUUGCUCAAGGGCAGAUGUUGGCAUCAGUUCCUCUCACUGUUGUUAAUGAUGAUCUUCCAGAAGAGGCAGAAGCUUAUCUACUUCAACUUCUGCCUCAUACCAUACGAGGAGGUGCAGAAGUGAGCGAACCUGCGGAGCUUUUGUUCUACAUUCAGGAUAGUGAUGAUGUUUAUGGUGUAAUGUCAUUUUUUCCCAUGGAAAACCAGAAGAUUGAAAGCAGCCCAGGUGAACGAUAUUUAUCCUUGAGUUUUACAAGACUAGGAGGAACUAAAGGAGAUGUGAGGAUGCUUUAUUCUGCACUUUAUAUUCCCACUGGAGCUGUGGACCCCUUACGAGCAAAAGAUGGCAUCUUAAAUAUAUCAAGGAAAAAUAGCGUCAUUUUUCUCGAAUCUAAAACCCAACUCACUACAAAAUUACCAAUAAGAAAUGAUGCAUUCCUUCAAAAUGGGGCCCACUUCCUAGUACAGUUGGAAACUGUGCAGUUGGUGAACAUAAUUCCCCCAAUCCCACCUGUAAGUCCCAGAUUUGGGAAGAUUCGAAAUAUUUCUUUACUGGUUACUCCGGCCAUUGCAAAUGGAGAAAUUGGCUUUACUAGCAAUCUACCAAUCAUUUUGCAUGAACCAGAAGGUUCUUCUGCCGAAGUGGUAUACAUUCCUUUACAUCGGGAUGGAACUGAUGGCCAGGCUACUGUCUAUUGGAGUUUGAAGCCCUCUGGCUUUAAUUCAAAAGCAGUUACUCUGGAUGAUAUAGGUCCCUUUAAUGGCUCUGUUUUGUUUUUAUCUGGGCAAAGUGACACAACAAUAAAUAUUACUGUCAAAGGUGAUGAUAUACCGGAAAUGAAUGAAACUGUAACACUUUCUCUAGACAGGGCUAAUGUGGAAAAUCAAGUGCUGAAAUCUGGAUAUACUAGCCGUAACUUAAUUAUUUUGGAAAAUGAUGAUCCUGGGGGAGUUUUUGAAUUUUCUCCUGAUUCCAAAGGUCCCUACCUUAUAGAAGAAGGAGAAUCUGUAGAGCUCCACAUCAUCCGGUCCAGGGGGGCUCUCAUUAAGCAGUUUCUACACUACCGAGUAGAACCAAGAGAUAGCAACGAAUUCUAUGGAAAUACGGGAGUGUUAGAGUUUAAACCUGGGGAAAGAGAGAUAGUGAUCACCUUGCUAGCAAGAUUGGAUGGGAUACCAGAGCUGGAUGAGAACUAUUGGGUGGUCCUCAGCAGCCAUGGUGAAUGGGAAAGCAAGUUGGGAAGUACUACAGUUGUCAACAUAACAAUUCUAAAAAAUGAUGAUCCUCAUGGGAUUAUAGAAUUUAUUUCUGAUGGUCUGAUUGUGAUGAUAAAUGAAAGCAAAGGAGAUGAUAUCUAUAGAGCUGUCUAUGGUGUAAUAAGAAAUCGAGGCAACUUUGGUGAUGUUUCUGUAUCAUGGGUGGUUAGUCCAGACUUUACACAAGAUGUAUUUCCUGUGCGAGGGACUAUUUUCUUUGAAGAUGAGGAAUUUUCAAAAAAUAUCACCAUUUACUCCCUUCCAGAUGAGAUUCCAGAGGAAGUGGAAGAGUUUACCAUUAUCCUAGUUAAUGCCACUGGAGGAGCUAAAGUGGGAAAUAAAACAACAGCAACUCUGAGGAUUACCAGAAAUGAUGAUCCCAUUUAUUUUGCAGAACCUCGUGUAGUGAAGGUUCAGGAAGGUGAGACUGCUAACUUUACAGUUCUCAGAAACGGAUCUGUUGAUUUUACCUGCACUGUCCAAUACGCUACGAUGGAUGGGAAGGCUACUGCAAGAGAGGGCGACUUUGUUCCUGUUGAAAAAGGAGAAAUGCUUGUUUUUGAGGUUGGAAGUAGAGAGCAGAACUUAUCUGUUUUUGUUAAUGAAGAUGGUAUCCCAGAAACAGAUGAACCCUUUUAUAUAAUCCUCUUUAAUUCAACAGGUGAUACAGUAGUAUACCAACAUGGAAUAGCUACAGUCGUAAUUGAAGCAAAUGAUGACCCAAAUGGUGUUUUUUCUCUAGAGCCUAUAGACAAAGCAGUAGAAGAAGGAAAGACUAAUACAUUUUGGAUUUUGAGGCACCGAGGACACUUUGGCAAUGUUUUUGUAGCUUGGAAGUUGUUUCAGAAUGAUUCUGCUUUGCAACCUGGACAGGAGUUCUAUGAAACUUCAGGGACUGUUAACUUCAUGGAUGGAGAAGAAGCAAAACCAGUAACUCUUCAUGCUUUUCCAGAUAAAAUUCCUGAAUUCAAUGAAUUUUAUAUUCUAAAGCUUGUGAACAUUUCAGGUGGGUUCCCAGGUCCUGGAGGCCAACUAGCAGAAACCAACCUCCAGGUGACAGUAAUGAUUCCAUUCAAUGAUGAUCCUUUUGGAGUUUUCAUCUUGGAUCCAGAGUGUUUAGAGAGAGAAGUGGCAGAAGAUGUCCUCUCAGAAGAUGAUGUGUCUUAUAUUACCAGUUUCACCAUUUUGAGGCAACAGGGUGUCUUUGGUGAUGUACGAGUAGGCUGGGAAAUACUGUCCAGUGAGUUCACUGCUGGUUUGCCACCAAUGAUAGAUUUUUUACUGGUUGGAAUUUUCCCCAGCACUGUGCAUUUACAACCACACAUGCGGCGUCACCAUAGUGGAACAGAUGCUUUGUACUUCAGUGGACGAGAGGGUGCAUUUGGGACUGUUAAUCCAAAAUAUCAUCCCUCCAGGAAUAACACAAUUGCCAAAUUUACAUUUUCAGCUUGGGUAAUGCCUAAUGCCAAUACAAAUGGAUUUGUUAUAGCAAAGGAUGAUGGUAAUGCGAGCAUCUACUAUGGGGUAAAAAUUCAAACAAAUGAAUCUCAUGUGACACUUUCCCUUCAUUACAAAACGUUGGGUUCCAAUGCUACGUACAUUGCCAAGACAACAGUCAUGAAAUAUUUAGAAGAAAGUGUUUGGCUUCAUCUCCUAAUUAUCCUGGAUGAUGGUAUAAUUGAAUUCUACCUGGAUGGAAAUGCAGUGCCCAGAGGAAUCAAGAGUCUAAAAGGAGAAGCCAUUACUGAUGGUCCCGGAAUACUGAGAAUUGGGGCUGGGGUGAACGGCAACGACAGAUUUACAGGUCUGAUGCAAGAUGUGAGAUCCUAUGAGCGCAAACUGACUCUUGAAGAAAUUUAUGAACUUCAUGCUAUGCCUGCAAAGAGUGAUUUACACCCCAUUUCUGGCUAUCUGGAGUUUAGACAGGGAGAAACUAACAAAUCAUUCAUUGUUUCUGCAAGAGAUGACAAUGAAGAGGAAGGGGAAGAACUGUUCAUUCUUAAACUAGUCUCUGUAUGUGGAGGAGCUUGCAUUUCUGCAGAAAAUACCACAGCACGAUUAAUAAUACAAAAAAGUGAUAAUGCCAAUGGCUUGUUUGGUUUCACAGGAGCUUGUAUACCAGAGAUUGCAGAGGAGGGAUCCAUCAUUUCAUGUGUGGUGGAGAGAACCAGGGGAGCUCUGGAUUAUGUGCGUGUUUUUUACACCAUCUCACAGAUCGAAUCUGAUGGCAUUAAUUACCUUGUUGAUGAUUUUGCUAAUGCCAGUGGAACUAUCACAUUCCUUCCUUGGCAGAGAUCAGAGGUCUUGAAUAUACACGUUCUUGAUGACGAUAUUCCUGAGCUUAAUGAGUAUUUCCGUGUGACAUUGGUUUCUGCAAUUCCUGGAGAUGGGAAACUAGGUUCAACUCCCACCAGUGGUGCGAGUAUAGAUCCUGAAAAGGAAACCACAGACAUCACCAUCAAAGCUAGUGAUCAUCCAUAUGGCUUGCUGCAGUUCUCCACAGGGCUGCCUCCUCAGCCCGAGGACGCAAUGACCCUGCCUGCAAGCAAUGUUCCACAUAUCACUGUGCAGGAAGAAGAUGGAGAAGUCAGGUUAUUGGUUGUCCGUGCACAAGGACUCCUGGGGAGGGUGACUGCAAAAUUUAGAACAGUGUCCUUGACAGCAUUCAGUCCUGAGGACUACCUGAGUGUUACUGGAACAUUAGAAUUUCAGCCAGGAGAAAGAUAUAAAUACAUUUCUGUCAACAUCACUGAUAACUCUAUACCUGAACUGGAAAAAUCUUUUAAAGUUGAGUUGUUAAAUUUGGAGGGAGGAGUGGCUGAACUCUUUAGGGCUGAUGGCAGUGGUAGUGGUGAUGGGGACAUGGAAUUCUUCCUUCCAACUAUUCACAAACGUGCCAGUCUAGGAAUGGCUUCCCAAAUUCUAGUGACAAUCGCUGCCUCUGACCAUGCUCAUGGCGUAUUUGAAUUUAACCCUGAGUCACUCUUUGUCAGUGGAACUGAACCAGAAGAUGGGCACAGCACUGUUAUAUUAAAUGUUGUGAGAAGUCAUGGAGCUCUGUCUCGAGUGACUUUGCAUUGGAGCAUAGACUCUGAUCCUGAUGGUGAUCUUGCCUUCACCUCUGGCAACAUCACAUUUGAGAUUGGGCAGACGAGUGCCAACAUCACAAUGGAAAUAUUGCCUGAUGAAGAUCCCGAACUGGAUAAGGCAUUUUCUGUGUCAAUUCUCAGUGUCUCCAGUGGUUCUUUGGGAGUUCACACUAAUGCCACAUUAACAGUUUUGGCUAGUGAUGAUCCUUGUGGGGUAUUCAUCUUUUCUGAAAAGAAUAGACCUAUUAAAGUUGAGGAAGCAACCCAGAACAUCACGUUGUCAAUAAUAAGGUUGAAAGGCCUCCUGGGAAAAGUCAUAGUCUCAUAUGCAACGCUAGAUGAUAUGAAAAAACCACCUUCUUUUCCACCUAAUUUAGCCAGAGCAACUCAAGGAAGAGACUAUGUAUCAACUUCUGGAUUUGCUCUUUUCAGAGCUAAUCAGAGUGAGGCAACAAUAGCUAUUUCAAUUUUGGAUGAUGAUGAACCAGAGAGGUCAGAGUCUGUGUUUAUUGAACUACUCAACUCUACUUUAAUAGAGAAAGUACAGAAUCGCCCAAUUUCAAAUUCUCCACGCCUUGGGCCUAAGAUACAAACUAUUGCCCAUCUAAUUAUCCUUGCCAAUGAUGAUGCAUUUGGAACUCUUCAGCUCUCAGCUCCAAUUGUUCGAGUGGCAGAGAAUCAUGUUGGACCCAUUAUCAAUGUGACUAGAACAGGAGGAGCAUUUGCAGAUGUUUCUGUGAAGUUUAAAGCUGUGCCAAUAACUGCAAUCGCUGGUGAAGAUUAUAGCAUAGCCUCAUCAGAUGUGGUCUUGCUAGAAGGGGAAACCAGUAAAGCUGUGCCAAUAUAUAUCCUUAAUGACAUUUACCCUGAGCUGGAAGAAUCUUUUCUCGUGCAACUGCUGAAUGAAACUACAGGAGGAGCCAAACUAGGGGCUUUAACAGAGGCAAUCAUUAUUAUUGAGGCCUCUGAUGACCCCUAUGGAUUAUUUGGUUUUCAGAUUACUAAACUUAUUGUAGAGGAACCUGAGUUUAACUCAGUGAAGGUAAACCUGCCAAUAAUUCGAAAUUCUGGGACACUCGGCAAUGUUACUGUUCAGUGGGUUGCCACCAUUAAUGGACAGCUUGCUACUGGCGACCUGCGAGUUGUCUCAGGUAAUGUGACCUUUGCCCCUGGGGAAACCAUUCAAACCUUGUUGUUAGAGGUCCUGGCUGACGACGUUCCGGAGAUUGAAGAGGUUAUCCAAGUGCAACUAACUGAUGCCUCUGGUGGAGGUACUAUUGGGUUAGAUCGAGUGGCAAAUAUUAUUAUUCCUGCCAAUGAUAACCCUUAUGGUACAGUAGCCUUUGUUCAGUCGGUUUACCGUGUUCAAGAGCCUCUGGAAAGAAGUUCCUGUGCUAACAUAACUGUCAGGCGAAGCGGAGGGCACUUUGGCCAGCUGCUAUUGUUCUACAGUACUUCUGAUAUUGAUGUAGUGGCUCUCGCCAUGGAGGAAGGUCAAGAUUUACUGUCCUACUAUGAAUCGCCAAUGCAAGGGGUGCCUGAUCCGCUUUGGAGAACUUGGGUGAAUGUUUCUGCAGUGGGGGGACCCCAGUACACCUGUGCUGCUCUGUGCCUCAGUGAACAUGCUUGCUCAGCAUUUUCAUUUUUCAGUGCUCCUGAGGGUCCCCAGUGCUUUUGGAUGACAUCGUGGAUCAGCCCAACUGUCAACAGUUCAGACUCCUGGACCUACAGGAAAAACAUGACCAGGGUUACGUCUCUUUUUAGUGGUCAGGCUGUGGCUGGUAGUGACUAUGAGCCUGUGACAAGGCAGUGGGCCGUAAUGCUGGAAGGUGAUGAAUUUGCAAAUCUUACCGUUUCUAUUCUCCCUGAUGAUUUCCCAGAGAUGGAUGAGAGUUUCCUAAUUUCUCUCCUUGAAGUUCACCUUAUGAACAUUACAGCCAGUUUUAAAAAUCAGCCAACCAUAGGACAGCCAAAUACUUCUACAGUUGUCAUAGCACUAAAUGGUGAUGCCUUUGGUGUGUUUGUGAUCUACAGUAUUAGUCCCAACGCCUCAGAAGAUGGCUUAUUUGUUGAAGUUCAGGAGCAGCCCCUAACCUCAGUGGAGCUGAUGAUCCACAGGAUGGGGGGCAGUUUAGGUCAGGUGACAGUCGAAUGGCGUGUUGUUGGUGGAACGGCUACUGAAGGCUUAGAUUUCAUAGGUACUGGAGACAUUCUGACUUUUGCUGAAGGUGAAACCAAAAAGAUUGCCAUAUUAACCGUUUUGGAUGAUUCCGAGCCAGAGGAUGAUGAAAGCAUCAUAGUUAGUUUGGUGUACACCGAAGGUGGAAGUAGAAUUUUGCCCAGCUCCGACACUGUUAGAGUGAAUAUUUUGGCCAAUGACAAUGUAGCGGGAAUUGUUAGCUUUCAGACUGCUUCCAGAUCUGUCAUAGGUCAUGAAGGAGAAAAUUUGCAAUUCCAUGUGAUAAGAACACCUCCUGGUCGAGGAAAUGUUACUGUUAACUGGAAAAUUAUUGGGCAAAAUCUAGAACUCAAUUUUGCUAACUUUACUGGACAACUGUUCUUUCCUGAGGGGUCAUUGAAUAAAACAAUAUUUGUGCAUUUGUUGGAUGACAACAUUCCUGAAGAGAAAGAAGUAUACCAAGUCAUUCUGUAUGAUGUCAGGACACAAGGAGUCCCUCCAGCAGGAAUCGCUCUACUUGAUGCUCAAGGCUAUGCAGCUGUCCUGACGGUAGAGGCCAGUGAUGAACCACAUGGAGUUUUAAAUUUUGCUCUUUCAUCAAGAUUUGUUUUGGUACAAGAGGCUAACAUAACAGUUCAGCUUUACAUCAACAGAGAAUUUGGAUCUCUAGGAGCUAUCAAUGUCACAUAUGCCGCGGUUCCUGGAAUGUUGAGUCUGAAGAACCAAACGGAAGGAAACCUAGCAGAGCCCGAAGCUGAUUUUGUCCCGGUAGUUGGCUUUCUGAUUUUAGAAGAAGGGGAAACAGCAGCAGCCAUCGACAUUACUGUACUUGAGGAUGAUAUACCAGAGCUAGAAGAAUAUUUCCUGGUGAAUUUAACUUAUGUUGAACUUAUAAUGGCUCCAUUAACUUCAUUUCCUCCCAGACUAGAUUCAGAAGGCUUGACUGCACAAAUUAUUAUCGAUGCCAACGAUGGUGCCCGAGGUGUGAUCGAAUGGCAGCGUAGCAGGGUUGAAGUAAAUGAAACCCAUGGAAGUUUAGCUCUGGUGGCCCAGAGGAGCAGAGAGGCCCUUGGCCACGUUGCCUUUUUUGUGUAUGCCCAGAAUUUGGAAGCACAACUGGGGCUGGAUUACAUCUUCACACCGAUGAUUCUUCAUUUUGCUGAUGGGGAAAGGUAUAAAAAUAUUGACAUCAUGAUUCUUGAUGAUGACAUUCCAGAAAGAGAUGAAAAAUUUCAGCUGAUUUUAACAAAUCCUUCUCCUGGACUAGAGCUGGGGGAAAAUACAAUAGCCUUAAUUACUGUCCUUGCUAAUGACGAUGGCCCUGGAGUUCUGUCAUUUAACAACAGUGAGCACUUUUUCCUGAGAGAACCAACAGCUCUCUACAUACAGGAGAGUGUUGCAAUAUUGUACAUUGUUCGAGAACCAGCACAAGGACUGUUUGGAACUGUGACAGUUCAGUUCAUUGUGACAGAAGUGAAUUCUUCAGUAGAGUCUAAAGAUCUGACUCCUUCCAAAGGCUACGUUGUUUUAGAAGAAGGUGUUCGUUUCAAGGCCCUACACAUAUCUGCCAUAUUAGACACGGAACCAGAAAUGGAUGAGCAUUUUGUUUGCACCUUGUUUAAUCCAACUGGAGGUGCUAGACUAGGGGUGCACGUUCAAACCCUGAUAACAGUUUUGCAAAACCAGGCCCCUUUGGGGCUAUUCAGUAUCUCUGCAGUUGAAAAUAGAGCCACCUCUAUAGACAUCGAAGAAGCCAAUAGGACUGUAUAUUUAAAUGUGUCACGUACUAAUGGCAUUGAUUUAACUGUGAGUGUGCAGUGGGAGACAGUAUCUGUAACAGCCUUUGGCAUGAGAGGAAUGGAUGCUGUGUUUUCCAUAUUUCAAAGUUUUUUGGAUGAAUCAGCUUCUGGCUGGUGUUUCUUUACUUGGGAAUAUUCAAUAUAUGGUAUAAUGUUAAGAAAAUCAUCUUUUACUGUUUACCGAUGGCAAGGGAUUUUUAUUCCAAUUGAGGAUUUAAAUAUAGAAAAUCCUAAAACUUGUGAGGCCUUUAAUAUUGGUCUUUUCCCAUACUUUGUGAUUACCCAUGAAGAAAGAAAUGAAGAAAAGCCUUCUGUUAAUAGUGUAUAUACAUUCACAUCUGGAUUCAAAUUAUUCCUGGUACAAACAAUCAUUAUUUCAGAAAGUUCUCAAGUAACAUAUUUUACUUCAGACAGUCAAGAUUAUUUAAUUGUUGCAAGUCAAAGAGAUGAUUCUGAAUUAACUCAGGUCUUCAGAUGGAAUGGAGGAAGCUUUGUGUUGCAUCAAAAACUCCCUGUUCGAGGUGUGCUGACCAUGGCCGUGUUCAACAGAGAAGGCUCUGUGUUCUUAGCCAUUUCCCAGGCUAAUGCAAGGCUAAAUUCCCUUUUAUUCAGAUGGUCUGGCAGUGGGUUUAUUAACUAUCAAGAAGUGCCAAUCAGUGGAACAACACAGAUUGAGGCUUUGUGUUCAGGCAAUGAUAUUUACUUAAUUUUUGCCAAGAAUAUCUUAAUAGGAGAUCAGAAUUCAGUUGACAUUUUCAUCUGGGAGACAGGACGGCCUUCUUUCAGGUAUUUUCAAUCCCUGGAUUUUGCUACUGUUAGCAGGAUCCACUCCUUCACACCAGCCUCAGGAAUAGUCCACAUACUUCUUAUUGGCCAAGAUGUGUCUGCUCUUUACUGCUGGAAUUCGGAACUGAAUCAAUUCUCUUUUGUUCUGGAAGCACCUUCUGCUUAUGAUGCAGCUUCUAUUACAGUAAAGUCUCUUAAUUCAAGCAAGAAUUUAAUUGCUCUAGUGGGAUCUAUGUACUCACAUAUAUAUGAGCUGGCCUACAUCUCCAGCCCAUCUGACUUUAUUCCUAGUUCAGGUGAACUGAUAUUUGAACCUGGUGACAGAGAAGCUAUAAUCGCAAUAAAUAUCCUUGAUGAUACAGUUCCAGAGGAAGAAGAAUCCUUCAAAGUACAGCUGAAAAAUCCCAAAGGAGGAGCAGAGAUUGGUAAUGGUGGUUAUGUAAAAAUAACCAUUCUAUCUAAUGAUGAUGCCUAUGGAGUUGUUGCAUUUGCUCAGAAUUCAUUAAAUAAGCAAGUGGAAGAAAUGGAGCAAGAUAGCCUAGUAACCUUGAAUGUUGAGCGCUUAAAAGGAACAUAUGGUCACGUAACUGUAGCGUGGGAAGCUGAAGGAAGUAUUAGUGAUAUAUUUCCUACCUCGGGAGUGAUUUCGUUUACUGAAGGCCAGGCACUGUCUACAAUCACUCUGACUAAUAUCACCAUUCUUCAGUUACAAAUUGUUCGAGAUAAAGGACUACUUGGGGAUAUAGCCAUUCACUUGAUGGCUAAACCCAAUUUCUUACUGCACGUCAGUAAUCAAGCUACUGAGAAUGAAGAUUAUGUACUGCAAGAGACAAUAAUAAUAAUGAAAGAAAACAUAAAAGAAGCUCAUGCCAACGUUGCCAUUUUGCCGGAUGAUGCUCCUGAGUUGGAGGAAGGAUUUAUUGUCAGGAUCACAGAAGUGAACUUGGUGAACUCUGACUUCUCUGCAGGACAGCUAAGUGUGUGGAGGCCUGGAAUGGAAAUAGCUGAGAUAAUGAUUGAAGAAAAUGAUGAUCCCAGAGGAAUUUUUAACUUUCAUAUUACUAGAGAUGGCGGUGGAGUGAUUACUGUCUAUGAGGUGCCUCCACCCUUGAACGUUCUUCAAGUUCCUGUAGUCCGGCUGGCUGGAAGCUUCGGGGCAGUAAAUGUUAGUUGGAAAGCAACACCAGACAGUGCUGGCCUGGAAGACUUCAAGCCAUCUCAUGGGAUUCUUGAAUUUGCAGAUGGACAAGUUACUGCAAUAAUAAAAAUCACCAUAGUUGAUGAUGCUGAAUUUGAACUCGUAGAGACAUUCAGUCUUUCCUUAAUCAGUGUGGCUGGAGGUGGCCGACUUGGUGAUGAUGCUGUGGUAACUGUUGUUAUUCCACAAAAUGAUUCUCCAUUUGGAGUAUUUGGAUUUGAAGAAAAGACUCAGAGACCCAUGCUUUAUUUUAAUGAGACUGAGUCCCAGAAGAUCAUUGCAUUACACACAUUUCAAGACACUGUGUUGGAGGAAGACAGGCAUUUCACCAUUCAGCUGAUAUCAAUUGAUGAGGUAGAAAUAUCUCCAGUAAAAGGUAGUGCAUCAAUAAUCAUUCGAGGAGAUAAAGGAGCAUCAGAAGUUGGGAUAGCGCCAUCGCAUAGGCACGUCCUCAUUGGGGAACCCUCCAACAAAUAUAAUGGUACUGCUAUCAUCAGCCUUGUUCGUGGCCCAGUGAUUUCGGGGGAGGUCACAGUUUUCUGGAAGAUAUUCCCUCCUUCUGUGGGGGAAUUUGCUGAAACAUCAGGAAGAGUGACAAUGCGUGAUGGGCAGUCUGCAGCCAUUGUAGUGAUACAGGCUUUGAAUGAUGACAUUCCUGAGGAAAAGAGUUUCUAUGAGUUCCAGCUCACUGAAAUCAGUGAGGGAGGAAAACUGAGUGAAUCCAGCAGCACUGCCAACAUCACAGUGGUGGCCAGUGACUCCCCCUAUGGCCGAUUUGCCUUUACACAUGAGCAACUUCGAGUGUCAGAAGAAGCACAGAAGGUUAACAUCACAAUCAUUCGUUCGGGGGGAUAUUUUGGCCUGGUACGACUCUUCUACAAGACAGUGAGUGGGACAGCAGCAGCAGGCUUGGAUUUUGUUCCUGCAGCCGGGGAGCUUCUCUUUGCAGCAAGGGAGCUGGUGAAAAGUCUGCAUGUUGAAAUCCUUGAUGAUGACCAUCCUGAAGGCCCUGAGGAAUUUUCUCUAGCAAUUACAAAGGUGGAACUCCAGGGAAGAGGGUAUGAUUUUACCAUCAGAGAAAAUGGACUUCAGAUAGAUCAACCUCCUGAAAUAGGAAACAUCUCCAUUGUUCAAAUCAUAAUAGUGAAAAAUGAUAAUUCAGAGGGCAUCAUUGAAUUUGACCCGAAGUAUACUGCCUUCGAAGUGGAGGAAGAUAUUGGGAUGGUCAUGAUCCCGGUGGUGAGACUGCAUGGAACUUACGGCCAUGUGACAGCUGACUUCAUCUCUCAGAGCUCCUCUGCUGUUCCCGGAGGUGUGGAUUAUGUACUGCAUGGCAGUUCAGUCACCUUUCAGCAUGGGCAGAACUUAAGUUUUAUAAAUGUCUCCAUCAUCGAUGACAAUGAAAGCGAAUUUGAGGAGCCGAUUGAAAUUCUGCUCACUGGAGCUACUGGUGGAGCGGUCCUUGGGCGCCACCUAGUGAGCAGAAUCACGAUUGCCAAGAGUGACUCUCCCUUUGGCGUUGUAAGAUUUCUCAAUCAAAGCAAAAUUUCUGUUCCUAACCCCAAUUCUACAAUGAUUUUAUCCUUGGUGCUGGAGCGGACUGGAGGACUCUUGGGAGAAAUUCAGGUGAACUGGGAGAUAGUAGGACCCAGUUCUCAGGAAGCCUUACCACCAGAGAACAGAGACGUUGCGAGCCCAGUGAACGGGUCCUUCUAUUUUGGAGAGGGGGAAGGUGGAGUGAGAACCAUAAUUCUGACAAUCUAUCCUCAUGAAGAAAUUGAAGUUGAAGAGACUUUUGUUAUUAAACUUAAACUUGUGAAAGGAGAAGCUAAAUUAGACUCCAGAGCUAAAGAUGUUACAUUAACAAUACAAAAGUUUGGUGAUCCAAAUGGAGUUGUUCAGUUUGCUCCUGAGUCUUUAUCCAAGAAGACCUAUUUGGAGCCACCGGCUUUGGAAGGGCCCCUGAUCAUUAUUUUCUUUGUCAAAAGAGUUAAGGGCACCUCUGGAGAGAUUACGGUUUACUGGGAAUUAAGUAGUGAGUUUGAUAUUACCGGAGACUUUUUUUCCACAAAUGGAUUUUUCACUAUUGCUGAUGGAGAGAGUGAAGCCAGCUUUGCUGUUCAUUUGCUACCAGAUGAUAUACCUGAGACAGAAGAAGAUUAUGUGAUUCAGCUUGUUUCUGUAGAGGGAGGAGCAGAACUGGAUUCGGAAAAAUGCACUACAUGGUUCUCUGUUUCUGCGAAUGAUGAUCCACAUGGAGUAUUUGCCCUGUAUUCAGAUCACCAGUCAAUACUUAUCGCUUAUAACCUUAUUAGAUCUAUCCAAAUUAAUAUAACCCGACUUGCUGGAACAUUUGGAGAUGUGGCUGUUGGAUUUAGAAUAUCGUCUUAUCAUAACAAACAGCCGAUUGUUACUGAAGAUGCAGAGAAGCAGCUAGUAGUCAAAGAUGGUGCCAGAUACGUAGUGGGCACGGUGCCAAUUAGCCAUCAGGUCUUCCUAUCACUGGGCUCUAAUUUCACCUUGCAACUGGUGACUGUGAUGCUUGUUGGUGGACGUUUCUAUGGGAUGCCAAGAAUUCUCCAGGAAGCGAAAUCUGCUGUCCUUCCUGUCCCUGAGAAAGCUGCCAAUUCUAAGGUUGGAUUUGAAUCCACGGCUUUUCAACUCACAGACAUCGCUGCCGGCACAAGCCAAGUUAUGAUUUCCAGGAGAGGUACAUACGGCUCUCUCUCAAUUGCUUGGACUGCUGGAUAUGCUCCUGGGUUAGAAAUCCCCGAAUUCGUUGUUGUUGGCAACAUGACCCCAACUCUCGGGAGCCUUUCGUUUUCCCACGGUGAACAAAGGAAAGGACUUGAGCUGCGGACGUUCCCCAGGCCUGGUCGGCCAGAGGCCUUUGUCAUUCACCUUGCAGGAGUGCAGAGCAGCGCCCCUGGUGGAGCUCAGCUUAGAUCAGGUUUCACCAUGGCUGAAAUUGAACCGAUGGGAGUCUUCCAAUUUUCCCCUAGUUCAAGAAAUAUCAUGGUGCCAGAGGAUGCACAGAUGAUCAGAUUACAUGUACAAAGACUGUUUGGGUUCCACAGCGAUCUUAUUAAAGUUUCCUAUCAGACAACUGCAGGAAGCGCCACGCCACUAGAAGACUUUGAGCCUAUUCAGAAUGGGGAACUGUUUUUUCAAAAGUUCCAAGCCGAGGUUGAUUUUGAAAUAACCAUUAUUAAUGAUCAACUUACUGAAAAAGAAGAAAUUUUUUACAUUAAUCUUACUUCAGUAGAAAUUAGGGGAUUACAAAAGUUUGAUGCAAGCUGGAGACCACGCCUGAAUGUAGAUUUCAGUGUUGCAGUGAUCACAAUAUUGGAUAAUGAUGACCUGGCAGGAAUGGAUGUUUCUUUCCCUACAACAGCUGUGGCUGUAGCAGUUGACACAGCUCUCAUUCCUGUAGAAACUGACUUCACCACACAUCCUGUCACAAGUGAGACAACUGACAUUCCACAGGCAACUGAAAUGGUUGCUGUUGUUACUGAGGCAACUGGUAUAUUUGCUAUCCCUGAGAAACUUGUCACCAUUUAUGGGACAUCUGACGUGCCUGAGAAGCCUGACGUGGCCACUGUAACUUCCAGUGUUUCCAUUCAUGGAAUCUUUAGUCUUGGGCCACCCAUUGUGUACGUUGAAGAGGACGUGCAGAAUGGCACGUUCAGUACAGCCGAGGUUCUUAUCCUAAGAACUGCUGGGCUUACCGGCAACGUCAGCGUAACGGUUAGAACUUUCGGUGAAAGAUGUGCUCACAAGGAACCAAAUGCACUGCCCUUUUAUGAUAUGUUCGGAAUUUCCAACCUAACAUGGGCUGUUGAAGAAGAAGACUUCGAAGAACAAACUGUUAUCCUUACAUUUCUAGAUGGAGAAAGAGAACGUAAAGUAUCAAUUCCCAUUUUGGAUGAUGGUGAGCCUGAGGGGCAGGAAUUCUUCUACGUGUUUCUCGCAGACCCUCGAGGGGGAGCCAAGAUUGUGAAGGGAAAGGAUGAGACUGGGUUUGCAGCUUUUGCCAUGGUCAUUAUUACAGGGAGUGAUCUUCAAAAUGGCAUCAUAGGAUUCAGUGAAGAGUCCCAGAGUGGACUAGAACUGGGGAAAGGAGCUGAUAUGAGAAGACUGCAUCUUAUUGUCACAAGACAGCCAAACAGGGCCUUUGAAGAUGUCAAGGUCUUUUGGCGAGUCACACUUGACAAAACAACCUCUGUGCUCCAGAAAGAUGGGGUAAACCUAGUGGAUGAGCUCCUGUCUGUGACAGGAGCCACGACCUGUGCAGCUGGUAAAACAAAAUGCUUUAUCACUGUUGAACUCAAACCAGAGAAGAUACGUCAAAUUGAAGUACUUUUUUUUGUGGAAUUGUAUGAAGUAACUGCUGGAGCAGCAAUAAACAAUAGUGCUAGAUUUGCACGGAUUAAAAUCUUACAGAGUGAUGAACCUCAAAGCCUCAUGUAUUUUUCCGUGGGUUCUCGGCUAGCAGUGGCACAUAAAAAGGCCACUUUAAUCAGUUUACAGGUGGCCAGAAAUUCUGGGACAGGACUAAUGAUGUCUGUUAAUUUUAGUACCCAGGAAUUGAGAAGUGCUGAAACAAUUGGUCGUACUCUGAUAUCUCCAGCUAUUUCUGGGAAGGAUUUUGUGAGAACUGAAGGCACAUUGGUCUUUGAACCCGGCCAGAGAAACACCAUAGUGGAUGUCAUCCUAACACCAGAGACAGGGUCUUUAAAUCCAUUUCCUAAACGCUUUCAGAUUGUGCUUUUUGACCCAAAAGGUGGUGCCAGAAUUGAUAACAUGUACGGGACUGCCAACAUCACUCUUGUCUCUGAUGCGGAUUCGCAGGCCGUUUGGGGGCUUGCGGAUCAGCUACACCAGCCCCUGGAUAAUGACAUUCUCAACAGAGUGCUGCACAACAUCAACAUGAAAGUGGCCACAGAGAACACAGAUGAACAACUUAGUGCUGUGAUGCACUUAAUAGAAAAGAUAACUUCUGAAGGAAAAAAUCAAGCUUUCAGUAUUGAAAGCCGAACUCUUUUCUAUGAGAUUCUUUGUGCUCUUGUUAACCCAAAGCGCAAGGACACUAGGGGAUUCAGCCACUUUACUGAAGUGACUGAGAAUUUUGCCUUUUCUCUGCUGACUGAUGUUACCUGUGGCUCUCCUGGUGAAAAAAGCAAAACCAUCCUUGACAAUUGCCCGUAUUUGUCAAUAUUGGCUCUUCACUGGUAUCCUCAGCAGAUCAAUGGGCAUAAGUUUGAAGGAAAGGAAGGUGAUUAUAUUCGGAUUCCAGAGAGGUUAUUGGAUGUCCCAGAUGCAGAAAUGAUGGCUGGGAAAAAUACAUGUAAAUUAGUCCAGUUUACAGAGUAUAGCAGCCAGCAGUGGUUUAUAACUGGAAACAGUCCUCCUGCCCUGAAAAAUAAGGUGUUGUCUUUGAGUGUGAAAGGUCAGAGUUCACAACUCCUGACUAACAACAAUGAGGUUCUCUACAGGAUUUAUGCUGUUGAGCCUAGAAUUGUUCCUCAGACUUCUCUGUGUCUCCUAUGGAAUCAGGCUGCUGCAAGCUGGUUGUCUGACAGUCAGUUUUGCAGAGUGGUUGAGGACGCUUCAGACUAUGUGGAAUGUGCCUGUUCACACAUGUCUGUGUAUGCUGUCUACGCCCAGACUGACAACUUGUCUUCAUACAAUGAAGCCUUUUUCUCUUCUGGAUUUAUAUGUAUCUCAGGUCUUUGCCUGGCUGUUCUUUCCCACAUCUUCUGUGCCAGGUACUCCAUGUUUGCAGCUAAACUUCUGACUCACAUGAUGGCAGCCAGCUUAGGGACCCAG